UCAUCAUGUCAUCAUUUUUGAUGAGGUGUUGGGGUUAGGGGCUGUAUGGGAAAAGUGAUUUUACUGCCUUAUCUCAACUUAAUUACUAUUCAAAACAUACAUUUUCAGUCUAGAAAUCCUUCCAAUUUUCUCGAGAGCAUGAACUUAAAAAUGACCAAAAAUAUGUUCUAGAAGGAGUCAGCAAAUGCAAAUUUAGACCCUGUUCUGGUGACCAGACAUUUGAUUUAAAAAAAAAAAAAAAGAAAGAAAGAAAAAGGAGGCUCUAAAUGACGGUAAAUUCUGUGACUUUUGAACCAUCACUGUGUCGUGGGGGUGGUGCAAUAGCAUUUUUUUUAUUACACAUAUCUAACGAUUGCAAUAUAAUUGGCCAAAGAAAAAAAUACUAACGUGAUCUUGUAGUACAUUAGAUUAUAGCCUGACCUGCCAGUUUCUUCCGCACAGUACUAUUUGGUUUAAUGUAAGAACUAUUUUAUCAAAUGCCGCGACAUUUUAUGUAAAUGUAUAGGCUUUAAAAUGCCUUCUACUUUCAACUCAAUAAGAAAGCACACAGUGCAGUUUUAACUGUUUAAAAAUCCCAUGCAUUAGUGUAGCCUUAUUUUCACACACAAAAAGUUCAAUAGCUUAUCUACGACGAUCGUACAUAUCUUCUUCUCUCACAUGUUAUCAUUUGUUAUCACUGGGUUUGACCAAAUAAACUUUUGUCCAGUUGAAAAAUUGAAUUUCUCUUUUGCCAUUGGAUAGCCUACAUUAUUUCCUUCUAUAGGCUACAUUUUAUUAACUUGAUAGACCGAAAAGCCGUGAGUGAAUGAGUGAAGGAAAGGUGAGGAGGAGAGAGAGAGAGAGGAAAGGAGGUUGAGUCAAUUGAACGAAAAUAGAGACCGGCACAGACCAUAAAGAAGUGGGAACACCAUAUCGCUCCGCUGUGGAAAGCUGCGUGGAUUUUUCAUUUUGACAAUUUUCUUCUCAGGUAGGUUUUUUUCCCCCGCUUUUUUUAAAGGGUAUUAUGGGGGCAUUUUAUUUAGUAUCAAACAUGUACAAUCUUUUUUUGUUUUAUUUUGGCUCUAAUUUUGAUGUAGUGUCAAGAACGGUAGUAGUUUUGCUGACAAGCACAACGUAGCUUUAAGUUCUGCCAUGGCCUAUAUCUUUUCAUAGGAAUUACGCGGACCACCACUUUUCCAGUGUCUUUAAGCUUUUCUUUUGUUCCACCAGGUCCAUAAUGAACCUGUCAACGCAGCUCCCGUUUCUAUUCAGCUGUAAUGUCAGUCCCAGUGAUGCGCCUCAGCUGGACAUCAGUGUGACCAAAAGCGAACCACUCAUUAUCGCGGUCCCCAUGACUUUCUUCUAUAGUGUCGUCUUCUUCUUUGGGGUCUUGUUUAAUGGUGUGAGUAUACUGACAUUGCUGAUGGAUGCACACAUGAGAGUUAGUGCCAUUCGCUUCUACCUCCUCAGCCUUGUUAUAUCAGACAUUCUGCAGCUGAUGACUAUCCCGGUCACUCUGUAUCGAUACUACUGGGAGAGCUACCCAUGGCGUCUGGGCCAAACUGUGUGUAAAGUGUACUUCAUGGUACGACAGGUGUACUGUGCCACCACAAGCUGGGUCAUCAUGACGUUCACCGCAGAGCGCUACGCUGCCAUUUGCCAUACAAUGUGGUCUGUCUCCAGUCUGAAGAGAUCUCGACUGCCUUGCCUCUUGGUAGUGUGGAUCAUCUCUCUUGUCUCUGCAAUCCCCUUUGCUCUGGUGUAUGACGAGGCUCGUGCCUGUAUCCUGGACUAUACUGCAGUCAAAUAUGAAGAUGCCUUCCAUGUCUCCACCAUGUGUGAGAUGACCGAGCCUGACCCUGCACACAUCUAUACAGGGGCUCUCAUUCUGAGAGCCGCUUUGUUUUUCUUGGUGCCAUUGGUGUCUAUCUUUAUCCUCUACCUGCUCAUCCUUCUGUACCUCAAAAAGAACAGCCGCCAACGAAGAAACAUGGGCCUCACACGCCCCAACCCAGAAGAGAGGAGAGAUGUCCAGUGCCACCAGAAUGGAAAGUUACUGCUGAAUGAAAAAAGAGCUCUCAAACUCAUGGGUGCUGUGGUGGUGGCCUUCUUUGUGUGUAAUUUCCCGGACAUUGCUUCGUCUCUGAUGCAGGUCUAUGUGGUUGUGUGGUCUGACACAGUCCACACUGUUUAUACCAUCCUAAAGUCCUACUUGUCUCUUCCUUUGUGGUACAUCAACGGAGCUCUGGACCCUCUGCUCUUCUGCAUGUCAUCACACACUUUCCGUAGAGCGUGUUGGAGAACUCUGACACGGCUUCGACCCAGCUGUUACUGGAAAUACAAAGACAUAUCUUGUUUGAGGCAGAGCAGCACCAGUGAGAAGGGCAGCACAUCAGCUAGAGAGAGGAUAGAAGUUAGAGACGAUAGAAAUGUGAGAGACAAAACCAGGAUAGCUUCACCAACAUCUGUGCAUACUGACAAUGAGGCCCCCUUCAUAAAUUCUUUUCCUACUGCCCCAGAGACACCACUGAAAUUAAGUCAGAUUAUAAUAUACACAGAGUAUUGACUGUGUAAAGUGCUUUUGUUAUUAUUUGUCAGUGUAUUGAACUCAAUAAGCUUUUAGUUCAAAGCACAUAGAGAAUAACAAGGACUGACCUCAUUUCUCUCCUCUGAAAGGCACAAACAACCUACAAAUUGAGCUUGGAUGUACCAUGUUUACAAUCAAAGGAUAUGGCUUUACUCGAUACUUUUGAUUAAUCAUGUGUUAUUCUGAGAAGAAAAUAGAAAUGCUUUAGGGAGAAUAUGGCACAUACAUGGCAGCAUUUUUUUUAAUGAGAGAAAGUAAUGGAUACAGUAAUUACCAGUGUAACCAUGUAUAUUUUAAGAUGACACAUUGUGCAAAGCUUCUGGUUCUUGUAUUUUCAUUACUGUUGUUGUUUACAUUUCUUGUGAUGCUAAUGCAAAUUCAGUGGCUUUUUCUCUUAAUGUAUUGCAUUAAUGUCUAUUAGUUGUUGUUGCAAAUUUAUAGUCAUAUAUUAUAUUUGCUCUAUAGUGACUCAAAGCCCGCUAUGCAGAAAAUAUACUGUAGUUGCUAAACAUAGUGUUCCUAAAUAAAGGAGUAUGAUAUAUCACCAGCCAUAGUAUGCCUGGUUAAAAUAAAUGUAAAAGAAAACAUCUCUAAGAAUAGUUGUUAUUGUAAGUUCUAAGUUGAAGUUUUAAUAUAAAAUGUGAAAAGAAGAAGAGGAAGAAGAGAGAAGAGGUGUAAUUUUUUAUGUAGCAUUUGAGCACCUCCUAUAAGCAACACUUUCAAAAUUACUGUACAUACUUAAACAUGAAGAAAAUCAAACAACAAUCAACUUGCCUUCAUUAAGUCUAUAAAAACUGUAAAAAUGUAUGCAAACUGGCAAUAUAAAAUAGAACAUAAUUGCAUGAAUAUUUGUUAUUUUAAUUUGAAUCUAUUUGUUU